AUGGAGCCAGACAACAACCGCUUGCGACUGAACUUCCCGUUUGAGAAUCAGCAGAAUUAUGAAACCUCCAACAAUCGAGUCUACCCUACCACUCCUUCCACCUUUCCGCAGCCGAUCUACCAAAACCAGCAACAGCAAGACUAUCUUGGUGGACAAUAUCAAGCAAACCAACAGGGUGGUGGGUAUUUCGUGAACUCUCCUUACCCUCCCCAGCAGCAGAAUCAAUUCCAGAGCCAGCAAUACCAGUAUCAAAACAAUCACCUUCAGUCACCCCAGCCAGCGUAUCCAGGGAAUAGACAGUACAAUGAUGCAACAAAUGGCAUGAUUCAGCAAUUCUCAAACCAGGACCUGGGUUCUGCUCGCGGUGGUUUCAGCAGGACUCCUUCACCUGGAAAUGCUCGUCCAAGAACUGCUGGUGAUACGCGAGGUCAAUACGCCAAUCAUCUUCCACCAGCAAUGCCAAAUCGCAGUCCGAAACCUGAUGAUGAGGAGAAACCCAACCCCAACAAAUAUUCUGACAACGUCUUGAAGCGAGGUACUGCUGCCAAACAACUCGUCAAUAGCUUCUUCCAAGAAAACAUCGAAAGAGCUAGGGACCGAAAUUCUCGCGCCAAGGAGCUUGACGAGAUACUAAACGAUCCCGAAGUCAAGGAUUUGGUGAAGCAGCAAAAAGUCAACGAAUUGGCACAGAAAGAGGCACGAUUUCUGCGCUUCAUUCGGACAAAGGAGUCGCCCAAGAACUUCACAACCUUAAAGGUCAUUGGGAAAGGAGCUUUUGGUGAGGUCAAACUGGUCCAGAGAAAGACUGAUGGAAAGAUCUACGCCCUGAAAUCACUGAUCAAGACAGAGAUGUUCAAAAAGGACCAGUUGGCUCACGUACGUGCGGAGAGAGACAUCCUGGCAGAUUCAAAAGACAACCCCUGGCUCGUCAAGCUGCACGCCUCCUUCCAAGACAAUGCUUACCUGUACAUGCUGAUGGAGUUCUUGCCUGGAGGGGAUCUGAUGACAAUGUUGAUCAAGUAUGAGAUCUUCUCCGAGGACAUUACCCGUUUCUACAUGGCUGAGAUUGUGAUGGCAAUCGAAGCAGUACAUCGACUGGGGUUCCUUCACCGUGACAUCAAACCGGACAAUAUCCUUCUAGAUCGUGGAGGUCAUAUCAAGUUGACAGAUUUUGGUCUGUCGACUGGUGGACGAAAGCAGCAUGAGAAUUCCUAUUACCAAGCACUGCUGAAGUCAACACAGAGCGACAGAUCUGGGAAUCGGAACUCUGUUGCCUUGAACGAGCAGAUCAAUCUUACCGUCAGUAAUCGUGGACUUGUUAAUACGUGGCGUAAGUCUAGACGACAUAUGGCUUAUUCAACCGUGGGAACUCCGGAUUAUAUCGCACCUGAGAUCUUCUUGAACCAAGGUUACACCUAUCUCUGUGACUGGUGGUCUGUUGGAGCCAUCAUGUUCGAAUGCCUUGUUGGAUGGCCUCCCUUUUGUGCGGAAGACACACAUGAUACAUACCGCAAGAUUGUCAACUGGCGCGAGUCACUGUACUUUCCGGAUGAGUUGGUGCUUGGUCGUGAGGCAGAACAUAUGAUCAGAAGUUUUCUUUGCGAUGCCAACGACCGGCUUGGUAAAGAAGGCGGUGCACAUGAUGGUGCCUCCGAGAUCAAAAAGCAUCCAUUCUUCAAGGGUGUCAUCUGGGACCAGCUUCGUCGUAUUCGAGCUCCUUUCGAGCCCAAGCUUUCGUCAAACACAGAUGUUAGCUAUUUCCCGAUCGACGAGAUUCCGCAGGAAGACACUACUGCUGCUCAUCAACGGCAAGCGAGAGCAGUCCCGAGCGACCAGGAUGCGGAGAUGAGCCUGCCCUUUAUCGGCUACACCUACAAAGCCUUCAAUGCUUUCCAGAAUUCUGCAUCGAGUGGUCGGAACGGAUGGCUUAUGGCGUUUGUCAAUGUAUUCUACACCUAUACGUACGGUUCUGCAGGCUGGCUGUGUCUGCAAGCAGUGCCAUUGCUUCUUGCCCCAAAGGUCAUUACAACAAUACUUGGAGCUGAAGGCCACUAUGGGACAGACCUCGAGGUCUACUUCGGUCGCUUUCUCGGCCUAUCUUUGGUGCUCAUCGCUGUGAUCAUGAUGCUCCUCACAGGAUCAAUACCACUAACCUCGAUGGUCAGCGAGCCCGUCUCGACAGAGGAGUCAGAUCCUAAAGCCCCUUAUGCCGUGCCAGUUCUUCGUACCACCAUGAUCUUCCAUUCCCUGGCUGCCAUCUACUGCUACACCUCCUAUGUCUCGUUAGGCCAGAGCGGCUUCAUGCUGGGACUGGUGGGAUAUGGUGCUCUAGCUAUAAUGGGAUUGUGGUGUGUGAUGUUUGCGACGAGCAGGGGACACAUCAGCAAGAGGACAGGAGCAGAUAAGAGGAUGAGUGGGUUUCCGUUCACGAAUAAGAAGGCGUACAACCCGAAGGUCGAUAAGAAGAGGAUAUGA